AGCUGCUGGACGCCUUCAAGGAGUUUGACACAGACCAGGACGGGUACAUCAGCUACAAGGACCUGGGCGCCUGCAUGCGCACCCUGGGGUACAUGCCCACCGAGAUGG